AUGGAGGACAAGGUGGGGGCUGUCCGAGACUGGCCCACCCCCACCGACCAGCYUCAGCUGAAGAGCUUCCUGGGCCUGGCCURGUACUACAGGAGGUUUGUACAGGGRUUCUCAAGCGUUGCUGCUCCCCUGAACCGCCUCCUGCCGAAGGACAAGGCCUUCACUUGGACAGUGGAGUGUGAGGAGGCCUUCAACACCCUCAAACGUGCACUGAUCGAGGCCCCCGUGCUCGCCCCCCCUGACUUCACCUUGCCCUUUAUCCUGGACACAGACGCAAGAGGCAGAGACCAUCGUCGACGCCUGACAGUGGGGAUGUUCAGCAGGUUUGGAGCUGCGGAGUCCAUCCACAGCGACCAAGGCAGAAACUUUGAGUCCCGUGUGUUCGCCAUCAUGUGUGAGAGCUGGCCCUCAUGUUCCCCCGGGCCGAGUAUGCCCGGAGACUCCAGGACCGCCUGGAGACAGCCCACCUUCGCCAGAGAGCAGCUGUGGAAUGCAGGUGCCGCAGACAAGGCUCAAGAUAGCUCCAUCCCCGUCUCCUCCCUGUUCACCGCGUGGUUCCCUGAGCCACGGACCUGUAUUCCCAGUUCCCGCUUCCUGGUACCCCAUAUCCCUGCCUUCAUCCCUGGGUCCCAGAGGGGCAGCCCCCUGCCACGGAUGGAGCCCCUGUUUCACAUCUGGACACUCUGCGACCAUCACGGCCACGAAAGGCAAAGGAGACCUCCGGGUCGUCUCCGAGGACUUUGUUGUCCCUCGGGGACAGGACUUUGUGUUGGGGGCUGUGAUCCAAGCAACCUCCAGGCGGUCACAUGGGGUGCGAGGAUUCUGUCCCCGUGCGCCACGCCCCCGCGCUUGGCGCUGUCCAGCACGCCAGGGCUGAAAGCUGCUGGUAGCGAGCAGCCAGUAGCGUCGGUGAAAGUGGACGUUUUGGACACCAACGACCACGAACCCACUUUUCGCAGUGCAGACUUGAAAUUAACUUUGAAUGACGCGACUCCACUCRGGUCUGUGGUUCACACGGUAAAUGCACUUGAUGAAGACAGUGGAAAGAACGCAGAGUUGACAUACUUCUCCGUUCCCAAAAACGGCAGUUUCUACGUGGUACCACGAACGGGUGAAAUUUUACUGGUGGACUCCAUACUGGGGCUUCCAUCUACAGUCAAGUUCUAUGUUUUUGCAAAAGACCACGGUUGGCCCAGCAGAAUCAGUAAGGGGGUUGAGGUCACGGUUACCCCACGACAGUGGUGCCCACUGCGCCCAGGCCAGACAGGGGAGUUAGGCCGCCUGGGCAGGGCAGGGCGGAUGCAGAGGGCAUUGUUGGACUCUGGUAGCACGGUCUUCCUCAAUGUAUCCGAAGAUGCAAGUAUCGGUUCAGUCGUUAUGAACCUGAGCCCAGCCAGGUUUCAGGCAGCCUCAUUUGAGCUGGUUUACCCGGAGACAGAUAUCACCCCAAUCAACGUGGGCAAGGAGAGUGGACAUAUCGUGGUAGCCAGGCGCCUGGACAGGGAGACUGAACCGUUCGUGGAAUUCACUGUCAAAAUACAAGAUCAACGAGGGCCUGACUGGUACCUGACCAAGGUGAAGCUGAUGGUGACAGAUGUCAACGACAAUGUCCCCGAGUGGGCUAUGGAGCCAUACCCCUACCUGGCCGUGGUGUCCUCCGAGGCCCCCCKUGGGGUGCUGGUUUACCUGCUCCAUGCCCGCGACGGGGAUGAGGGCAGCAAUGGCGAGGUGGAGUACUUUCUGGCCGAUGGUGGUGAUGGCUGCUUUGCAGUGGACAAGAAGAGUGGUCACGUCCUGACCACGGGUCUCCCCCUGCAGAGAGACAGGGAGUAUCUGCUGAGUGUGGUGGCCUUUGACAGGCUGGGAAGCCGCAGUGCUCCGGCCAUGGUGUCGGUCAUAGCAGGACCCAGAGCACCACAGUUCACCAACACGUCCUACGGUAUCUCCAUACCAGAGAACACCCCAGAGGGACAGCCCUUCCUGGUGGUGUUGGCCAUCUCCUUCCAGAAGCAGCCAAUCAGCUACAGCCUGCUGAUCAACCCCAGCAGCRUGUUCAGCAUGCAGCAGGAGACGGGGGAGAUCAGCCUGACCCGCACGCUAGACUAUGAGAAUGACCAGAGACGAUACCUCCUCAUGGUCAGGGCCAGCGAGGGUCCAGGGGGCCUCASCAGCGCCAUAGAAGUCCAGGUGGUGAUAACGGAUGAAAACGACUGUGUCCCAGAAUUUCUCCAGUCCAUUUACAGUGUUGAUGGAGUCUCUGAGACAGUCACCACAGCAACCUCUCUCCUGCAAGUGUUAGCCAGUGACUGUGACUCUGGGUUGAAUGCGGAGCUCACCUACUACACUCUAAGCCCAGACUUCAGCAUUUCUCCCCACGGAACCAUCUUCCCUGCGGGCCGUCUGGACUACGAGAGGCCCAACCACCUGUAUGAGUUUGUGGUGAUGGCUGUGGAUAACGGGGAGGAGCCUCACUCGGGCACCGCCACCAUCCGCAUCCGCAUGGCCAACAUCAACGACCAGACCCCAGAGUUCUCCCAGACUGUCAGCUAUCGGACCUUUGUCUCCGAGGAUGCAGGCCCCAACACACUCGUUGCCACGGUACUGGCUAAGGACCCGGAUGGUGAUGGAAUAGUGUACUCAAUUACAGCUGGCAACGAGGAGGGCAACUUUGUCAUCGACAGCCAGAAAGGGUUGAUCCGUCUGCGCUUCACCCCCGCUCCCAAACUCCAGGGCCUGGAGUACGUCCUCAAUGUAACAGCUACAGACGACAACGCCUCCGGGGGGCCACACCCACUCUCUGCCACCGCCUGGGUCAUAGUGGGCGUUGAUGAUGUCAACAACAACAAACCCAUCUUUGAGAAGUGGAAGGCGUAUGAAGGUGUGAUUGUGACAGCGCGGCGGUUCGACCGGGAGCGUCAGAGAGAGUACUCUAUCACGGUGACGGCUACAGACUGGGCUGAGGAGCCCCUUAUAGGGAUCUGUCAGCUCCAUGUCCUCAUCCUGGACCAGAAUGACAACAGCCCCAAGUUUGAGAACCUGCGCUACGAGUAUUUUCUGAGAGAGGACACAAUGAUCGGCACCAGUUUCCUGCGUGUGGCAGCACAUGACGACGACUUUGGUACCAACGCUGCCGUCACCUACUCCAUAUCCCAGGAGCAGCCUGAGUACCUGAGGGUCAACCCUGUUACCGGCUGGGUGUACGUCAACCAGCCCAUAUCACAGGUCAGUCAACCAGACGUCAACCAUUCAGUCAACCAGCCCAUAUCACAGAGGUCCUACAUCACCCGGGAGAUUAUGGCCACGGACGGGGGGAACCGCAGCACAUCUGUAGAGAUGUCUGUGACCAUUACCAAUGUGAAGAACCAGCCCCCGCAGUGGGAGAAGGACAGCUACAGCGUGGUCAUCCCAGAGAACACUGCCAGGGAUACCCCCAUUGUGGUGCGUGGAACAGUCCGGAUGAUCAAAGCAACCUCGUUGCUAGGCGACCCCAGGGUGACCUAUAACCUGGAGGAGGGUGUGGUCCCGGAGACUAACAUGCCCGUGCGCUUCUACCUGUCGCCCAAUCGCGAGGAUGGCUCAGCCUCCAUCCUGGUUUCGGAGCCUCUGGACUACGAGACCACGCCCAGUUUCUCCCUGAGGGUGCGGGCUCAGAACUUAGCAGCGGUACCUCUGGCUGCAUUCACCACCGUCUAUGUCAACGUKACAGAUGUGAACGACAAUGUUCCAUUCUUCACCUCCUCCAUCUAUGAGGCUUCAGUGACGGAGGGAGCCAAGGUGGGGACCAUGGUCCUCCAGGUGUCUGCUCAAGACAAGGACCUGGCUUUCAAUGGACAGAUCACCUACUCCCUCUUGAGUGACAGUAGUGGGGACCACCGUCUGUUUCGUGUAGAUCCAGAGCUGGGCUCCAUUUAUACAGAGGCUGUGUUUGACCGCGAGGCGCAGGGAUCCUACCUACUGGAGGUUCAGUCUGAAGACGGCAUGGAGUCAGCACGACCUGGGAGGAACAAACAGCCCAACUCUGACACAGCAUAUGUGCGGGUUUUCAUCAGCGACGUGAACGAUAACAAGCCCGUCUUUGCUCAGCGCCUCUAUGAAGUUGGGGUUGACGAGGAUGCAGAUGUCGGCCUGGCUGUUGUCACCGUCAGUGCUAAUGACGAAGAUGAAGGUGCCAAUGCCAAGUUGCGCUACCAGAUAACUUCAGGCAACACAGGGGGGGUGUUUGACAUAGAGCCUGAGGUGGGAACCAUCUURGUCGCCCAGCCUCUGGACUACGAGCAGCAGAAGAGGUACAAGCUGCUGGUGCUGGCAUCGGACGGGAAGUGGGAGGACUACGCCGCCGUGGUGGUCAACGUGGUCAACAAGAACGACGAGGCGCCCGUCUUCUCCAUGAAUGAGUACUAUGGCUCAGUGACAGAGGAGCUAGAUGGCUCACCGGUCUUUGUGCUCCAGGUGACGGCCACGGACCCAGACAAGGAUGCAGACCAGGAUGCCGUCCGCUACUCUCUCCAUGGUCAGGGGGCGGACUCUCAGUUUGUGAUUAAUGAGAUCACGGGGGAGAUGUACGCCCAGGAGACGCUGGACCGCGAGGAGCGGGCUGUGUGGCGCUUCGUGGUCCUGGCCACGGACGAGAAAGGGGAGGGGCUCACCGGCUUCACUGACGUCAUCAUCAACGUGUGGGACAUCAAUGACAACGAGCCCGCUUUCACCUGCGCACCCGAUGGCUGCCACGGCAACGUAGCCGAGAACUCACCCCCAGGAACUUUUGUCAUGGAGAUGACGGCGGUAGACCUUGACGACACGGCAGUGGGUCAGAACGCCAUCCUCACCUAUCGUAUCAUCGAGAACGCCCGUGACGCGGAUUCUGAGGAACUUUUUACAAUCGACGCUAGUACGGGCACCAUCUCCGUGGUGACCGGCGGGCUGGACAGGGAGGUGGCAGAGCGGCACCAGCUGGUGGUCGAAGCCAGGGAUGGAGGGGACAUGGUGGGUACAGCUACCUCCACUAUCAUCAUCAUGGACCUGAACGACCAUACCCCCCGGUUCAAAGAUGAGUGGUGUGGGGCUCGUGUGUCUGAGAGCAGCCCUCCAGACUCAACCGUGCUGGAGCUGGAAGCUGUGGACCCAGACUCUGGCCCUCACGGCCUGCUGGGCUUCAGUGUGGUGGCGGGGGACCAGCGGGAGAGGUUCUACAUGGUGAGCCACAGAGCAGAGCAGUCUGGGAGUCUGAAGCUGAGGAAGGGGCUGGACUAUGAGAGGCCCGGGGAGCAGCGCUUCAACCUCACCAUCCAGGUGGAGGACUCUGACUUCUCCAGCCUCAUCCACUGCAUCAUCCAGGUGGUGGACGAGAACGACCACAUACCUGUGUUCACCACCACCUUCUACCCCCUCGCCCCUCUAGUGGAGGAUGUUGCCGUGGGAACCAGCAUCACCCAGGUGAUGGCCAAUGACUCAGACUCUGACCUGAAUGGGGAAAUAGUCUACAGCAUCUCCCCGGAGUCAGACCCGUACGGUAAUUUUAUAGUGGACCGAGACGGCAUUGUGACCGUGACCCGCCCGCUGGACAGAGAGACAAUGCCCGAGUACCAGCUGGUUGUCAUGGCAACAGACCGCGGGAGUCCGGCGUUGACGGGGAGCGCCACGGUCCAGCUGAGCCUGCUUGAUGUUAAUGACAAUGGGCCAGAGUUGGAGGUGGCCUACAUCCCUGUCCUCUGGGAGAACAGCCCUGCUCCACAGCUGGUGUGGCUCAACCAGACCUCCUCGCUGCUCCACGUUAUCGACAGGGACUCCCCAGAGAAUGGGCCUCCCUUCUCCCUCGCCCUUCCCCGUCUCUACGCCCCCGACUUCCACCUGCAGGACCAUGGCAAUGGCACGGCAACGCUCACCGCACUGCGCCGCUUCGACCGUGAGCGCCAGAGGGAGUUCCUCCUGCCCGUGGUCAUGACGGACAGCGGCCGUCCGCCAAUGACGGUCACCAACACGCUCACCAUCACCGUGGGCGACCAGAAUGACAACGCCCACCAGGAGGGAGAGAAGGAGAUUUACGUUCACAGUCGGAGGGGAAGGAUGCAGACUACUUCGCUGGGCAAGGUCUAUGCCCCUGAUCAAGAUGAUUGGGACAACAAGACCUACACCUUAGACGCAGGAGGAAUGAGGUAUUUCACUCUAGACAAGAGUUCAGGCCACCUGGCCAUCAGACAGAACACCCUAGCGGGAAGCUACUAUCUCAGAGUGGGAGUGUCGGACGGGGUGUGGCCAGACGUGGUGUCUGGGGUCACAGUUCACGUCCGGGAGCUAGAGGACAUGGCCAUCCACUCGUCAGCCUCCCUGCGUCUGACCGGCAUCACUGCCAGAGAGUUUAUUGAGUCCCGGGUGGACGAGAGGAGUCGACAGGAUAUGUUCAGGGGCUUCCUGUCUGAACACCUGUCCAUCAGAUCAGGCACAAUCAACAUCUUCAGCCUGACAGACAUUAGACCGAAGACGCUGGACGUGCGCUUUUCUGUGCACAGCGAUGGCUACCUGCGCCCAGAGAAACUACACGGAUACCUGGCGGCGCAUACAAAGAAGCUGCAGUCUCUGCUGCGGGUGAACGUGUCCCAGGUAGAGGUGGAUGAGUGUGUGUACACAGACUGCAGGCCGGGUGGCGGCUGCUCCACACAGCUCAGCGUCAGUGACACACCCACUCUGGUCGAUGCCGGGAACAUAGCACUGGUGUCUGUGACGAUGAUGUCCUCUGCCCGGUGUGGCUGCUCUGCCAGGGACCGGGUCCAUCAGGCUUGUUCCUCCUACCUCACAAACCCCUGCUUCAAUGGAGGCACCUGCAUGGAUACCCUCAGUGGGUACAGGUGCCAGUGCCCACCGCAGCAUGAGGGUCCUGAAUGCCAGCAGACGAGGCGAAGUUUCCUUGGCAACGGCUAUGCUUGGUUUCCUCCCAUAAGGCCGUGCUUUGAUAGCCAUCUUUCCCUGGAGUUCAUCACAGAGGCUGAGGACGGCCUGCUACUCUACAGCGGGCCCCUGGCCACCCUGCAGCCUGGAGACCCAGAGGACUACAUGGCUAUAGAGCUGAUUGGUGGAACACCCAGUCUGAAGAUCAACCACGGGUCUGGGACCCUGGUCCUGCAGUUGCAGGUCAACAUGGUUGUGUCUGACAGACGUUGGCACCGACUGGAUGUUAGAAGCAACAGUAAAGAUGUGCAUUUCACCCUGGACCGCUGCUCCAGUGCUAUCGUUAUGGAAACUGAGGGCGUGGACAGCUGGGCCAUGACUGAGGACCGCUCCUCCUGUGAGGUCAGAGGAGUCACGCCUAAUAGGGACAGGUACCUGAAUGGGAGUCAGGUGUUGCAGCUAGGGGGGGUCAACGAGAACAUGUCCUAUGAGUAUCCCCAGCUACAGCAAAAACACUUCAAUGGUUGUCUGCGCAACCUGGUUGUGGACAGUAAGCUCUAUGACCUUGGCUCUCCCUCGGCAUCCUCCAGCACUGCCCCAGGCUGCUCUCUGACUGAUGGGAACUGUAUGAACAUGGGUGUACCAGUCUGUGGCGCCAGGGGGCACUGUAACGGGCAGUGGGACUCCUUCAGCUGCCAGUGUGGGCCCGGGUACACAGGGAUCCACUGUGAAGACGAAGUUCCAGAGUUCUCCUUCAAUGGGAGGAGCCAUGUCCAGUACCAGGUGGGCUGGUCACUCCCCGCUCGUCACUCCAGCUUUCAGCUCCAGGUGCGAACCCACGCCCCCAGRGGUGUCCUCCUCAGCCUCCUCUCGCAGGAGCAGAAUGAAUACUUACGUCUGGAGAUGUUUCAGGGGCUACUGGCUGUCUUUUACAACCUGGGUGACAGACCCUACAACCUCACGCUGCCCUUCCAUCGCCUUGACAAUGGAGAAUGGCACGAAGUGGAGCUUGAMCGUCAUGGCAAAGAGUUCACCCUUCAAUUGGACGGUGGCGGCGGAAGGCGGGAGYUCACGGCCGCUCCUGGGCGGAGUCAGGAGAUAGUCAUCGACCAAUCAGUGGUGAUGCUGGGAAACUCCUUCCCCUCAGGACACAACCGCAGCUUCCUAGGGUGUCUGCGAGACCUAAGGCUGAAUGGGCGGCCCAUGCCCAUUGCCAAGCAGCCCUCCGUGGGGUCUGAGGGGCUCCAGGUGGUCACUUCUCAGGGGGUCUCCCCAGGCUGCCCCUCAGAUGCCUGCAGGAAACACCAGUGCUCUCCCCCCUUCAUCUGCAUGGACCUCUGGAGGAAGCAUGAGUGCAGGUGCCCCCCUGGUCACAUGAUGAAGAAGAAUGCCUCGGGGAAGGUCUGCGUCUACACGCUGUGCGCCAGCAGGCCCUGUCGCCAUGGCAUCUGUGUGGCCCACUCUCCCUCCAAGUACUCGUGUCACUGCUCGGAGGGCUAUCGCGGGCGCCACUGUGAGGUCUCUCUGGCACUGUACCACAACGACGACGACAACACGCUGAGCCUCAGCUCUGCGUUUGCCAUCAGUAUCUGUGUCCUGGCCUUCCUAGGUAGCUAUAUGGACUAUGUCAUCUACUACCUGUGGUGACCAUACCAUCUUUCAUCCGCACUCUCUCAUCUGGUUUCACGUAGUUCAAUCUGAUUUAAUCUGGUUUUGGUUGUUCCCAAGGCUGGAAUUCAACAGAACACACCAUAUUAACGUUUAUGCAGUGUCUUUAUUUAUAAACUGGGUACACAGAUUUCUAGAUCUGAGAACUGAAUGCUUCAACCUGUGAGACGUGUCAACCUGGUAAUAGGUUCUUGCAGUACCCAAAUCAUCUGUGAUUUUAUUUGGCCAUGGGAAAAAGAGAUACUGCACUGGAAUGUGGGUUCGAUGGUAUUGAGCCCCAAGUGUUUUGUUAGUUUAGGCCUCAYGGUCUGUGAGUGGGCUCAGUCAGUGUGGCUGCAAAGGUCCUGGCUAGAAACAUUGAUUUUGUCGACUCUGUGAGCCACAAGAAAAAACUCUGAAAGCUUUCACUGGGUCCCAGUUCAAAAGGUUUGGGGGCCUUCAGUCAUCCCCUCCUCACAUCUAUUUGGUCUUUCCUGAUGUUUGUGAAGUAAAUUCAGACUUUUAUUUGUCAUCCUCCUUUGUCUUACCUUUUUAUCUGUCUGACUUGUUUUAUCUCGUCUGUUUGUCAUUCCAGUUCUGUUAUGUCUGUUUUUAUCUCUCCCUCCGUAUUUCUUUGUCAAUUACUUUCUUCUCCAUUCUUCCUUUAACCUAAAUGUGUCAAUGUCUGGCUCAUUCCACCAAUUCAGUGCCUUUUGUGUAACUUGGUCAAACAAAAACUCAACAACAACAUUCUGCUACAAAGAGACAUGUUCUUUCUUCAUAAAAAAAAACACGUUUUCCCAAUCUGAAGAGCGCCAAAUAAAGAAACAGUGUUGACGAUGUCUUUGUAAAUCAAUCAUAAAUCCCCUUGUGACAGGCGGAAUGGAAACUUGUGUGCAACAGGGAGUGGCAAUUGAAUGCAAGCUUCACAAAAAAAUGACAUUGUUAUUAAAACAUUUAUAGCCUGUUUUUCUAUGGGUAACAGGGUUGAGGUGUUAUGCCUGAC